AUAUACCGAAAGCAGAGAAUAAAUUGUCCGAUUGGCGGUUUUAAAAGAACUUGAAAAAAUUGUACGAUAAAUUCAUCAAUCCGAAGUCACGCACUCCCAUGUGGAAACUUGAGCGAACGACCAGCCAAACCCAACACACAACACGUCGCCUCACGAAUCUAUCUAACCCCGCUCACGACCGCACAUGAAUAUUUAUCCACUCAAAGGAGAGCGUAGGUUCCACUCUCCUUAUGAGCUCGUAACUGUCCAGUUUCAGCCAUUCACAGGGUCCCACGUCACUCCAUCUCUCUUGCUCUUCAAUCUCUCUGUACAAAAUCUUCUUCACAAAAACGCAGACACACUCCAGAGAGAGAAAGAGAAAGAGUUGCGUAGAAAUGACUCGAACUCGACGAUUCGCGUUAGCGAUUUUCUCUCUCUAAACCGAAAAAAAAAAAAAAAAAAAAGACUUUUUUUUUUGGUUUUCUCUCUCUAAAAAGCUUUUUGUAAGCCCGAAAAGCAGGAUUGUUUCUCUCGCUCUCUCUCCCGCCCUUUAAUUCUCCUCUUCUCUCUCUCUCUCUCUCUCUCCUUGCUUCGAUUUUAUCGCCUCGGCUGUCGAUUCUCUGCUCUGCUAGAAAACCCUAAAAACAGAAACUUUUUCUCCUUUUUUGUUUCAUUUUAUCUCUGUGUCGGUCUUUUUUUUCUUUCGAAAUUCAACAAAAUUCUCUCUCUGAUGCAAUUUGAUCUCUACAACUAAAUCAUCUUGGAUCCAGAUUCGCUCAAACUACGAGGCAGAUCAGUUGCCUAUCCGUUGGCACCAUAUUUGAGUCAGGGGCCUAUAAUUGUUAUACCGUGAUCUAUAUUUUUCAAGCAAGGUCGCUUUUAUUUUAAUGAUGAUGGAAAAACCAUCCCUUCUGGAUGACCUCAAUGGCUCUAAUUUGUUGCUGCCACAUCUCUUCAGCUAUGUUAAGGCAUAUGUUUUCUGGAUGUGGUCAGGUUUCACUUGGAAAUGGCAAAAGGUAGCAGGGGAAGGCGCAGGAUCACUUCACGACAAUACAGAUCAGCUCCAUACCCGUUGCACUGCAAUCAUGAUAUCUUGGAGGACUUGCACCAAAAGAAAUGCUCCAAAGCCUUGGAGAAGAGAGACUGGGAAGAUGCAACAUGUUCUGUCUGCAUGGAGUAUCCUCACAAUGCUGUCCUUCUUCUUUGUUCUUCUCAUGAUAAGGGUUGCCAUCCCUAUAUGUGUGGGACUAGCUUUCGCCAUUCCAACUGCCUUGACCAAUAUAAAAAAGCUUACACUAAAGUUGUCUCACCCAACCAUGGAUUAUCCUUGCACAGUUCUCUCAACAACCCAGUUGAUGCACCAGAUUCCAGUUUGGCCGUCGAGAAAUGUCAAGUCUCAGAGCUUGCAUGCCCUCUUUGUAGGGGUCAGGUGAAGGGGUGGACUGUCGUUGAACCAGCGAGAGAAUAUCUUAAUGCAAAGAAGAGAAGCUGCAUGCAGGAUGGUUGCUCAUUUGUUGGAAAUUACAAGGAGCUGAGGAGGCAUGUAAGGGCAGAUCAUCCCUCUGCACGACCACGUGAAGUGGAUCCUGCACUAGAACAAAAAUGGAGCAGGCUUGAGCGGCAGCGUGAGCGGGAUGAUGUGGUGAGUACUAUAAGAUCAACCACACCAGGAGCCAUGUUUUUUGGUGAUUAUGUUAUAGAAGGAAAUAAUUAUGGGUUUGAGUCCGAUGAAGAUGAGGGUGGUUUUGAUUUAGGUGCUACAGAAACAAACGGGGGUUUUGAGGUGGGUGGUAUUGACCGUGAACUUGUGAAUGUCUUUCUCCUAAUUCAUGCAUUUGGGGCUUCAGCAAAUGACUACAGUAGGCGGCUGAGGCAACCUGAAAGGGCCUUAAACCGCACAAUGGAUGGCACUGUUGGCGUCCGGCACAACACUCCUGUUGGUGCUUCAGAUUCCUCUGAUCAGGAUGACAACAAUGAACCCAGUGAUAAUAAUGGUGGUGAUGGUGGUAUGUCAUUGGCUAGCCGCCUCCGCCGUCAUGGUAGGGUGUUGUUGGGACGCUCCGGUCGAAGACGCCGACGUAGGGCAGUUCAAGAUAGAUAAAAGUUGGCAAUGGUAGGAGGAGGUGGAGGUGGGAAAAGUUUCUUAGGUACAUAAAUUUUAGGAAGAAAUUUAGACAAAUAAAAAAAGACUCAAAAAAUUUGAUUUCUCACAAUUGCAUGAAUUUACCUCACAAAUUUGAAUUGCUGGAUAAAGAAAGCAAAAAAAAAAAAAAGAAAAAAAAGAAAAAAAAAAAAAGGGAUAUGGAUGUUCUCAAUCCUUAAUUGUUCUGUAAAAUUUGUUAUUCUGAUGUAAUUUCCUGUUACCUUAUAUCCUCCUGUUAAAUUAUGAGUUCUUUUUUUCGAUUCAAA